AUGAAUGAGGCGAAGGAGUCCCUGCGAGGCAUCGAGCAGAAGUACAAGCUGUUCCAGCAGCAACAGUUCACGUUCAUCGCUGCUCUGGAGCACUGCAGGGAGAACGCCCACGACAAGAUCCGGCCCAUCUCCAGCAUCGCACAGGUGCAGAGCUACAUGGAACAUUACUGCAACAACUCCACGGACCGGCGCAUUCUGCUCAUGUUCCUGGACAUCUGCACAGAGCUAAACAGGCUGUGCCAGAACUUCGAGGCCCUGCACUCUGGCACCCCGGUCACCAACAACCUGCUCGAGAAGUGCAAAUCCCUGGUUAGCCAAAGCAAUGACCUAAGCAGCCUGCGAGUGAAGUACCCUCACGAUGUGGUGAACCACCUCAGCUGUGACGAGGCUAGGAACCACUACGGAGGCAUCGUCAGCCUCAUCCCCAUGGUCCUAGACUUGAUGAAAGAAUGGAUCGCCCACUCGGAGAAGCUGCCCCGCAAAGCUGUGCUGCAUGUGAGUGAGCCCCAGGCACGCCAGGAAGCCACCGCAGCAGCCGCUCCGCCUUCCCGGACCAUGAGCACCCAGUCUUGGUUAAGAAAACACCAACUUAGGCAACUUACAAAAGACAGCCCCAAACCAAGGGGGAAAGACAAAGGAUGUCCAAAACCUCCCUGGAGACCACCUGGCGGGAAGCUGUAA